UUUCCAUUAUUGAAGAUGAAACUGAAGGUAUCACCAUGGAGUUAGAGAUGCAGUGGGAUGGAAACCCAAAUAUUGUACUUGAUAUUAAGACUUACCUUGGUGUUGCUCUCCCUGUGCAGGUGAAAGAUAUUGGAUUUACCGGGGUUUUCAGGUUGAUUUUCAGACCGCUAGUCGACGAAUUGCCUUGUUUCGGAGCUGUAUGCUUCUCAUUGAGACAAAAGAAAAAGCUGGAUUUUAAGCUUAAAGUUGUUGGUGGUGAUAUAUCAACCAUACCUGGCCUUUCUGAUGCCAUUGAGAGCAUGAUAAGGGAUGCUGUUGAAGAUUCUAUUACAUGGCCAGUUCGAAAAAUUAUCCCCAUUUUGCCUGGAGAUUACAGUGACCUUGAGCUCAAGCCUGUAGGAAUUUUGGAGGUGAAACUUGUGCAAGCAAAGGAGUUGACGAACAAAGAUAUAAUCGGGAAAUCUGAUCCUUAUGCUGUGUUAUAUGUUCGACCCUUGCGUGAUAGAAUGAAGAAAAGUAGGACUAUUAACAACCAAUUGAAUCCAAUCUGGAAUGAACAUUUUGAGUUCAUAAUUGAAGAUGCAUCGACACAACACUUGGUAAUAAAAAUAUAUGACGACGAAGGGGUUCUUCAGUCAUCUGAACUAAUUGGAUGUGCUCAACUUCCGCUAAGUGAUCUCGAGCCUGGUAAAGUGAAGGACGUGUGGCUGAAAUUGGUGAAGGAUUUAGAGAUUCAGAGGGACAAUAAAAAUAGGGGGCAGGUGCAUUUGGAGCUUCUUUAUAUCCCUAAUGGCAUGGAAAAUGGAUUUUCCAACCCCUUUGCCCAGAAGUUUUCAAUGACUUCACUGGAGAAGGUUCUUAAAAGUGGUAACAAAGGAAAAGAAUUAGUUGAAAAUGGUGGUGACGUCAAACGAAGGGAGGUAAUUGUGAGAGGGGUGCUUUCUGUUACCGUGAUAUUGGCUGAAGACUUGGCACCUGCAGACUUCAUGGGAAAAGCUGACCCCUAUGUAGUACUUAUUAUGAAGAAAACUGAAUCAAAAAACAAAACCAGGGUUGUGAAUGACAAUUUGAAUCCCGUCUGGAAUCAGACAUUUGACUUUGUUGUUGAGGAUGGAUUACAUGAUAUGUUAAUUAUAGAAGUCUGGGACCAUGACACAUUUGGGAAGGAUUACAUGGGAAGAUGCAUCUUGACUCUAACAAGGGUUAUAUUCGAAGGCGAAUAUAAAGAUACUUUUCCGCUAGACGGUGCCAAGUCGGGAACGCUCAACUUGCAUCUCAAGUGGAAUCCACAACCCAUUUACAGAGACUCCUAGUGGCCCUCCAAUGGCAAAUAGCGAAUUCUAUAGCACAUAGAAUGGAUUUUGAGCUCUAUAUACAUAUACACACAACAUACUGAAAACGUAUACACACAACAUACUGAAACUCUACCUAUCAAAACUGAUGGAUCAAUAAGCAUCGAGACUAUAUUGUAGAUUUAAUCUUUAUGUAUGUAAGACUGAAUAUAACAGCUCUAGCAGUGUGCAGGGAAAAGCUGUAAAGAGGCAGAAGUUUCAUUCUAGGUUGGGGAAGAAAUGUGGGUGCAAAACUUGUGAAGAUUUGGUGAGAAUUGUUGUAUGAGAAGAUGUUAAACUUUAUCUGA